UUGCCGCGAGAGUCAGUAAAGCGUUGCAUCAUUCCUCGCCUCGGGAAUUGCGGAGACACUGCCUCCCCCACCGUGCUACACCCAGUUUCACCGCUUUCGCCUCCGCUCUCCCCGCCUUCCUUUUCCUCCCUCAAGGGGUCCGAACGAGCCUACCCGCGCGUCCACUCGCGGCUGCCGUGCCUCGCGUGCUUCCGUGCCGUGCACGCCUCGUCCCCGUCGUGCAAAUGGCGUCGCUCGCCGCCUCCAAGUCGUUGCUCGCCAGACCACCCAGCGGUCUCGCGGCCCGCUGCGCGCCGAUGUCGUCCGCACACUCGACGGCCUCCGCCUCGCGGCAACUCGCCCUGGCCGCCCCACAGCGCGCGUCAGUGCACCCGCAACGGCGGCGAGCGGGUUUGCGCGUGGCGGCGAAGGCGGUGGGCGAGAUGCAGGUGGACGAACACGCGGACGCCGCCGUGCCAGCGGACUUCAACUUCGAGGCGUACAUGCGCGGCAAGGCGGCGGCGGUGAACGCGGCGCUGGACGCGGCGGUGCCGCUGCAGUACCCGGAGCGCAUCCACGAGGCCAUGCGCUACUCGCUGCUGGCUGGCGGCAAGCGCGUGCGGCCGUGCCUGUGCCUCGCGGCGUGCGAGCUGGUGGGCGGCAGCGACUCGGUGGCGAUGGCGGCGGCGUGCGCGAUGGAGAUGAUCCACACGAUGUCGCUGAUCCACGACGACCUGCCGUGCAUGGACAACGACGACUUCCGCCGCGGCAAGCCCACCAACCACAAGGUGUACGGCGAGGACGUGGCGGUGCUGGCGGGCGACGCGCUGCUGUCGUUCGCCUUCGAGCACGUGGCGCGCGCGACGCCCACGUCGGUGCCGGCGGAGCGCGUGGUGCGCGUGAUCGCCGACAUGGGCAAGGCCGUGGGCGCGGAGGGGCUCGUCGCGGGGCAGAUCGUGGACCUAGACAGCGAGAGCGACCCGUCGGUGGGCGUGGAGACGCUGGAGUACAUCCACGUGCACAAGACCGCCGCGCUGCUCGAGGUCGCCGUGGUGGCGGGCGCCGUGCUGGGCGGCGCCAAGGACGACCAGGUGGAGCGCCUGCGCAAGUACGCGCAGUUCGUCGGCCUCGGCUUCCAGGUCGUGGACGACAUUCUGGACGUGACCAAGUCCACGGAGGAGCUGGGCAAGACAGCGGGCAAGGACCUCGCACAGGACAAAACCACCUACCCCAAGCUGCUGGGGCUGGAGAAGUCCAAGGAGCUGGCGGAGGAUUUGAUUCGGAGGGCCAAGGAGCAGCUGAGCGCGUUUGACCAACGCAAGGCUGCUCCCCUCAUCGGCCUCGCUGACUUCAUUGCCUACCGCCAAAAUUGACAAACCUAGGGAGUAGGACAAGCGCCUCGUCAAUCAAGGGUGAAGGGAGUUGUUAGUUCACAGAGUUGUUUAUGUAUGCUGCUCAUUUAGAGAUGGAAUAUAUAAAGCGUUUUGCAAGCGCUGAGUCUUGUUGUGAUAGUAGUAGACUAUUGUAUUUGGACGUUUCGAAUAAUAUAGAUUGUUCUCCAUC